CCAGACUCCACGAGUCCACCACCACUGAAGAAGAUUCGAUUUCAAAGAGAAUGAAUGGGAAGAAGAGGAGCGCAAUUGAGGAGCAGUUCCUUCAUUGCUAACUGCUGGAAACAGGGAUCCCGAGGAAUUUGCAAGCUCUAUGCGGCAAGUGCUUGAGACAGAUUGUUCUAGUGUUAGCGGAGGAAAGAUCGUCAGGAGGUCUUCGUCAGCAUUUUGCAGAAGGCACGCAACUUAAAUACUUACGAAGUGCAGUUCAAGCCUCGUUGCCUAUCCCCUCCCCUGUAUUUCGAUAGUCCGAAAGUAGCUGAUUCGCGUUGGAGAAAGGGUGGUCACGAGCAACUAACAGCUGGCGGUCAUGCCGUGGCGCCGGCGCCCCCUGCUGACAGCUGUCGCUCUACUGAGCACCAACGCAUUCUUGGUGUGCACAGUCGAGCCAGUGUACAACUUUGUGUGCAAUCACCCUGCGUGGGAGAGACGGCGUGUGCGGCGGCAGGCUGAGAAGGAACGGGAAGAGCUGAUGCGCCGCAUGCUGCAAGAGCGCCUCUCUCAGCAACAGCAGCAGCGGCAGCAGUCCUCUUGACCUCGGACUCUUUGAGUAACUAGGCUGGGCAGACGAUCACCCAAAUCCAAUUUUCAACUUCGACCAGCUGGCAACCUGCAACACAAAGCAAUCCCUCUGGAGGACCCGCCUGCCCGGGCUCAGUUCCCCCUUCUGGCCGUCAUAAACUAACCCUUUGCAAGCCUGUGAUCAAUGACCCCCCUUUUCAGCACUAGAUAUUGAAUCCUCGGUCUCGAGCGGGCAUGGGCAUAAGGGCUCGCAUCUACUUCGUGCGCAACGUCUGGAGGAAAGUCGCCGAUUACGUCCGGUACGACCUGAGGGAGAUCAUUGUUCCUUCGUCGCUUCCAGAUCCCCCGGGGACGGUGAUUGAGAAGAAGAAGAUUCCGCUAAACACGCAUCUACAGGUAUGGAAGCGGGCAUGCAUCAUCUACGGCCGCAGUUGGAAGAUGUCCAUGGGACUCAUACAGCGCGACGAGGUCUGGGGCCCGAAGCCGAAAUCGGAGCGGCCCAACGAGGGCGAGAAACAGGAGCCACGGGAGCCCACCUUUGCUGAGGAGCUGGCCGCUGCGGCUAAGGCCGGCGGCGAGGGCAUGCGCCCCGUGCUGCAAAGGCUGUACGUGAGCCGCGCCAGGGGGUACCGGGAUGCGUUGCAGAGCUUCGUGGGGGGGUACCAGGAGGGGCUGAAAGAGGCCAUGGAAAGGGCGGCAAAAGAGGACGCGGUGUGGAAGACGGAAGCGGAGGGGGGGAGGGCGGAAACAGGCGGAAGCGAGGGGACGAAGACGGCAAACGGAGGACAAGUCGGCGUAGAUGUUGACGCAAGGAUGAAAGCCUGAACAGUAGGGCUACAGUGACGGCUGCGGGAUCGUCGUUAAUCGUUUUGGGAGCGCUUGCGCGUACUAGGGAGUUCUGGGCGACGAUUGAAAUGUUGCGUGCUAAGAGAGUAAAACCGACUGCGGAAGGCAAUUGUCCCACCCGCCCUUAGCUUCGUUUGCCCACUUUCUGCUAGCUGCAUGUGCAGUGAGUAGGAUAAAAGGAACGGUGAGUCGAGGAGCAAAGCACGACUGAUCGUGUGUUGGAUGAAGCAAACCAUUUUUGGUGGUGUCCAAAGCAGCACCGAUCGGAUUGUGUGCAUCUUCAGGGACUCCCGCGGCCCGGCUGUUGACAGCAUUUGUGCGAGCCCGAGAGAAAAUUUUCUGGGUCUUUAAAUAGGGGGACAAUGAUCCCAUCUCUUGGGAAGCCGGCCCGUUUCGCCGGGUGAUUGCUGAGUCGACCA